AUGACGACUUCCCCGUGGCGUCUGCCGCCCCUCCUGCCUCUGGCUUGCUUCGCUUCCUCUCCGCUCCUUCACUCCGUUUCAACCGAAGCUCGUCCGCAGUCGCCCUCCGCAGAACGCGUCUCGCCUCCCUCUCCCCCCGGGCCCGCUUCGGUUUGCCCCUCUGCCGCCCCCGACUUCUCUUUCGCCCGGCGCGCGGCUGGCUGCCUCCAUCCUUCGCCCCGCGCCUCUCUAGAGGCUGGCGGACGCGCGCAGCUCGCUGCGCCGCGCUGCUGCACCACACAACCCGAGGGACGCGCCGCCGCCCGCCCGACAGCUUUUUUUUCUCGCUCCGCGGCGCAGCGCCGCAGCGAGCAUGGCGCUGCUUCGCUGCGCGGUGCGCUGGAGCCUCGCUCUGUCUCUCCCUGGGCCACGCUUUUCCUCGUUCCUCCGCACUGCGGCGCCGGCGAGGCCGGGGGUUUGACGGCCGAGGGGCGUGGACGCGGGCGGAGCCAGAGGGGCGCAGAGGCCCGCGCGCCGGAACCAGCUGAGAGCGCGCCGCGCUCUGGUCGGCGAGGGCGAGAGAACGCGGCCUGGGGCCAGUUGACAAGGAGUGGAGGAGGAGGAGGCGCCGCGCUCUCGCCUGUCUCCCUCGUUCCCCCCCGCCCGCUGGGCGCCCUGCCGCGUUCUCCUUCGCCUUCGUCGGCAACGCGCCCGUCGUCGACUGGCUCUCCGUCGCCUUCCCCCUUCGCUCCUCGCUCUGGUAGUCCCGCUUCUCUGCUUUCCUUCUCUCCGCGGCCUGGCUCCCCCCCCCUUCCGGGCUGGCUCCCCUCGCGUGCGGUCGCCGCGCCUGCGGCUUGCGCCGGCGUUCCCUCUGCUUCGUCCGCCGACGUGCCUGCGUCUGUCGCCUCGCCUUCGCUCUCUGCGUGUCCCUCCCCCUUGCACCCGCGAUCUCCCUCAGCUGGCGGCGCGCGGGGGGCGUCGGCGGCGGACGUGGCGGCGCUCGCCGCCCACGCAGCGCCGUCGGCGCGUCUGCUGGCGCGGCUAUGGGCGGCGGCGGAGGGGAGGGGCCCUGACGCGCCGCCGCGGCUGGGGAGUGCGUCGGGGCGAGCCGAGCCGAAGGCCGAGGGGGCUGGCGUCUCCGCUGCGAGGCUGCGACUCAAAGAGCGCGAGCGGGGCGGCAGUGCCCAGCGGGCAGACGCCGCGGCUCUGCUCCUCUGCACGCUGUUGGCUGACGGCGACGGCAAGUCCUGGGCGCCUGCGGCUCUUGCGGCGUGCCCCUCUGUCUCCGCAUUUGAUGUCGUCUUGUCUCAGCUCGUGAAGGACCUGCCAGAGGGGCCUGCCAGCGAGCCGCCUGCCGACUCCUCGUGGACUCGCCGCAUCACCGCACUCUUCUCGUCUGCCCCCUCCUCGCUCGCGUCUCCGCCGACGGCGGCCCCCGGUGACCUCUCGCGCGCCACUGCCGCACAGGCAAUCGGCUUUCUGUCUCGAAUGCUGCUGCAGCCGCUCGACGCGACCCUGCUCUCCGCGCGCCUCCCGCCUUCGCUCUCGCGCCUCCUCAACCAAGUCGACGACCCCUGCCCAUGCACAGGCGAGGCUCUGUUCCUCGCCCGGCCGCAGCCCGCCUCGCCUUCUUCCUCUCGCCCCGCGGCGCGCCAGGGGCCCGCGGGGGCCGACGACUGGGGCGACGACUGGGAGGCGUGGCGCGACGCGGAGAGUGUCGCGCUGCGCGUGGUUUUCUCCAACUGGCUGCAUGCGCUCGUCACGAAGGCCACGCGCCACGCGGACAAGGACGAACGAACCGAGUUCGCUCUCUUCCACACAGAGCCUGAGGAAAUGCCUUUCUUCUCGUUUCACCUUGAGGAAGACGACGCAGACCUCCCUGUCCUCGCCUCGUGGCUGGGACCUCACCAUCCUCCUCUGGCCUCUGCGGCUUCCUCUCCCGACGCUGACCUCGAAAGCGCCUCGCUCCAGCGCCACGCGGUCACGGAGCUGCGGCAGCUCCUCGCGCUGUCGUUCCUCCGCUACGCGCUGCUUGCGCUUCCUCUCUUUCCAUCUUCGGCAACUUCGGCCUCUGCGGCGGCCGCACGCGCCGCGCCUGCGUCGCGGGCGCCGCCUUUUCCUUCCGCGUUCCCGUUCGGCGAGCGCGCGGCAGAGAUGCGGCGUCGCGGCGUGGAGGAGGUGGCGCAGAGACUCGUGCUGCUUCUCUUCGGCGCGGCGCCUGAUGUCCUUCGGUGGUCUGUGCCUUGCCAGCGCCUGUGGCUGGACACGCUUCGCCUCGCGUGCCUCCAGGGGCGACUUCGCUCGUGCUUUUCUCUAGAAGGCGAGGGGGACGUGCCUGGCGCGCGUUUGGCUCGCUCGCAGCCUGGCUGGAUGCGCCCCUGGGGAGGCGUGUUUCGCGCGCGGCCUGACUCUCCGCACGCGGCUCUCCAUCACCACGCCCUCGCGCGUUCUCCCUGGGCCUCGGGCGCUUUGCGCGGGGGCGGCGUGCCCGCGGGCCAGACGCCCGCAGGGGCUUUUCUACGCGCGUUCGCGUCGUCUUCUGCAGCGCCGGCGCCGCUCAGCGACUCGCUCCUGCUCACGGCGCAAGCUUUGCUGCUCUCCUCGCCCGUGGCAGCGGGGAGCUGCCUCGUCGCUCUCGUGGGGACGCUGCGCGACAGCAUGAGAGAUGCCUCCGAGCGCCGGGAUGCCGCCCUCGCCCGCCGCACGAGCCCGCCCUCGCGGUCUGUCUCCUCCUUCUUCUCUGCGCUCCUCCGAAGGCCCGACGCAGCUUCCCAGCCCCCGCCUGGCGCGAGCGCCCCUUCAGCGGCUGCUUCUGCUGUCCUGCCGGCCGUCGACCCCCUCGCGGUCCCUCUGCUCCCCUCCGCGUUUCUCUUCUUCGCGGGCAGCGCGCUCGACGCGCUCACCGCCGCAGGGCGACGCCGCCGCAGGCCUACCAGCGGAGGCAGGAGGGGCGGAGGGGGCAGCGCGCCCGCGGAGAACGCCCCCUCUGAGCCGCAGGCGGGCGCCCUGCGCUCGCUGCUUCUCGCGCUGCGUCUGCCGGCGUUCGCCGCGGCGGAGCCCUCUGGCACGGAAGGCGGCGCGAGCAACGCGAAGCGCGAGGCGGCGCGGCGGCCUGCGUGGGCGAGCGCACGCGGCGCCGCGCCCUGUCAGCUCUUGCCGUUCGUUCUCGCGGCGAAAUCGACGCACCCAAACGACACGCCUCCUCUGCAGAUCGCAGCGCCCGCCGCGGGAAAGCAAGGCGCCCUCUUGACGCACGAGUCAGACGCCCGCGUCGCCCAGGCGCCCUCGGCGUGCGCAAUCGACCUUGCGUCCCUGUUUGCAGCUUUCCUCUGCGCGAUCGUGGGCAGCGCGCCCUACCUGACCAGCGCUGUUCACGCGCAACUGCUGGACGCGUCGCCGGUCCCCGCCUCUCGCUGCGACGGCGACGCGGUGGCGCAGCCGGCGCUUCCCUGCGCGAGUGCGCGCUCGCUGCCGGCAACCGUCGCCUCUCGCGACACGCUGGCGAGCCAAGUCUCGGCUGCCCUCGCGCGCGCGCCGCCGGACUCGCUGCCAUUCCUGCUUCGCGGCGCGAGCGGAGAGGGCAGCGACGGCCAAGCAGACAUCGGGCGAGCCUUCAUUCGCUUCGCGCUGCGCGUGGGGGACUUGAGGCACCUAGAGGUGCUCAGAAAGGACGACGAACACGUGGCGCAGCCACCAGCGGCGCGGACCCAGGCGUCUCCUGCGCCAGCCUUGCCCUGCGCGGAAACCUGGUGCAGCAGCGGAAGUAAAGCCGCGCCGCGUUUUGAGGAGAAGCACGCGCCAGUUGACCGCGAGGCGCGCGAACGCGACGCAGACUGGGCGAAACCGAUUCGCCACGCCGUCCGCCUGUGGAUGGCUCCGCAAAGCCUCGCGUCUCGUCAUUUCACGGCUUGGAUCGAGGAGAUGCUUUCGGGAGCUCUCCAGGGCAUGCAGCUGUUGCUCCUGGAGGACUUUAUUGAAUGGCCCGCGCGGCAGGCUGCAGACGCCUUUUUCGACUGGGACAUGGACUCGAUCCUUGCGCAGACGAUCGCGCUUCUGCAGCCGCCUCCGCCGCCGGCUGCAGGCUUUGCGGGGCCGCCGCUCGCGGCUGUGGCGAAGUCUGCGACUGCUCCCCUGCGGGACCCCCCCUCCCCCGCGGCGGCUUCCUCCGCGAUGCGUGGCACGUCUGGUCAGGCGCGUCCAGCGCGCGCUCCCGUCUCCUUUUUCUCGCUCUCGCCUCCUCCCUCGCCCUCGUCGCCCGCAGGGUCGCCCGUCUCGCUGUUCCUCUUCUCGAAGGAAACCAAGGCGGAUGGGUCGCCGCCGCACGCGGUCGUGCGUGAGGAAAAGGAAAUUCUGAAACGCUGCCUGAUCGCCCGGCGAACGCGCGACGCGCCGGCGCGGGAAGAGGGCGAAGGCGCGCGGACCCCCGCGCCCGCUUUGCUGUCUGCAGAAGGCGCCGCGCGCGCCGCCGCAGUCCAAGAAGGACGCGGCGGCUCGCGGCUGGCGCUGCAUCCCGCGGAAGAUCGACGUCCGGAGGCGCUUGCACAUGAAAGCGACACCCCGCCUUCUUCGCCGCCCGCCGCAGGAGACACGCCUGUCGCCGCCGGCCUUCUCCCUGCGCUGCCGCCGAAUACGGCUCCUUCUUCGGGCUCGUUGGCCUUGUCCCCCUCUACGGAGUCUUCGGGGUUCCCUGCGGCGUCUGUGUUGCGCCUGGAGAGCGAGGCGACGCGGCCGCUGGCGCGUGAGGCGCGCGACGCCUUGUUCGUGCUCCUUCGCGACGACGAGGAGAGAAAGCACGCGCUGCACCAGCUCGCGCUGCUUUCGUGCUGCCCCCUGUCCUUUCCGCACCGCCAGCUCUGGCGUGCCGGCGCGUACGAUGUCCUUCUGCUUCUCACAGCGAAAACUCUCGACUUCCUGCUGCGCGACCCCCGCGCGCUCGAGCUGUACGUACACCCCAAGGCGCCGCGCAGAGAGGCGCGAGAACGGGUCGCAGAGGAAACCCGAAAGGAAGGCGAGGCGGUCAUUACCCCUUCGCGGGCUGAGGCGGAGGUCCAGGCGGCUUCCGGCACCGGGCCUGCAGAGACGCUUACGCCGCAGAGCACGUCUUCCUUCUCUGCUUUCCCUCCGGCGCCUCUGUCGUCGUGGCUCUCUUGCGGUGCGAAUCACGUAGAGAUCAGAUGCAGGGGACCCAGCGACCCGCCACAGAGACGCGAAGAUCCAGUGCCCCGCGAAAGCGAGCUCUCGCUACAGCAUCCCGAGGAACCUGACGACAAGAAGGGUGCUGUGCCCUUCUCGCUGCCCCGGCCAUCGCAGCUGCCCUUUCUUUCCUCCGGAGAGGCGAAGGACAGAAACGCGAACGACGGCGAGACGACGGAGAAGAAGGGUGGUGCCCGAGGGCCCCCCGCGACGACGGCACCGCAGCCCGCGGUGCUCGCCGAGAAGGCGAGGAAGGUGGGCGAUGACAAGAAGAAGAACACGACGCCAGAAGAGAAGGCCUUCCUGCGAGACAUCGAGAAAACGCGCGAAGAAAGACUUGAACUCUGGAGAGAGCUUCACUGGAUGGUGCGGACGAUUGCGAAUAGUGCAGCAGCCGCCGAUUCGCCGCUCGUGGCCUCGCUUAGGACGCGAACUGCCUGGGAGCAGUUGCUGCUGCAAAUCGUCCACGAGGUGUACGUACACCCGGCUCUGCUGUCUCCUGUCUUCCGCGAAGAACGCCAGAAGAUCCCUGCCCUCUCGCUUCGCUUGUCCUCCCCGAGUCUCGUUUACUUCGAAGCCGUCAGAGCGUUGCACAACCUCAAGUCUUCGCCUUGCUCUUCUUCGUCUUCCUCCCUUCCACUCGCGCGACGCGUCUACCUCAGCUGCGUGUACCCAUUUUCUCUCCCGGGGGAGUCGCACACAGUUUUGGAUCCGCUUCUUCUCCUUCCUCCGCCCCACGUGUCGGUUUUUCUUUCUCGGGCGUCCGCAUCCGGCGCGCCGCUGUCCUCUGCGCUCCGGCACUCGUCGCUGGCGUCCACCUCGCCGCCGCCGUCUUCUGUUUUCUCUCUCCCCCCCGCGUGGCUGCCCCUGAGCGACACAUCCCCGUUCUGCGCCUUGACGGCCUUUCCCGACGCGCUCGUUCUGCCCCACUCGCCUGCCUCGCAUCUACCGCGCCGGCAGCUUCGUCAGCUCCUCUUGCAUGCGAACGCCCCGCGAGGGCCCCCCGAAGCCCGCAGGGAGACUCCUGAGGCGCUGUCGCCCUCGGCCGCCCCCUCUUCCGGGUCGCAGGCGCGCGCGUGUGAAUGCUCCGCCGAGUGUCCGCGCUGCUUCUACUUCUGCGCCGCCCAUCAUCUCGACGACGCGUCGCGCGAGCCGCCUCUCGCUGCGCCGCCCGACGGAGGCGCCGGGGAAGGAGACAGGCAAGGCCCGCAGGCGAGGUGGGGCUGGAGGCGAGAAGGAGUUGAAGUCGAAGCCCCUUCCCCCUCCGCAGGGACUCGAAGCGACCGCGGGGAGGAGGUCGAUGAGUGCAGCAGCUUUCCUCGAAAGGGAGAGUUGAAGGCGAAGAGUGGAGAGGCACGUGGGAGUUGGGCCUCGCGCGAGCGAGACCCUCAACACGACACGAAAGCGCCCUUCGUCGUCUUCCUCCACGGACUGCGAGGCAGCGCGUGGAGGACGUGGCGGUGCAGCCGGUGCCACGACGACGUUCGCCUGCGUCCCGAAGACGCGUGGAAGCUCGACGCGCCGAGGGGCGAUGCCCAGUCUCUCUCCCCCUCGCAGGCCGCCGCGCCUCCGCUGCUCCUUCCGGUCUCCGCUUCGUCCUCCUCUCGGACGCUCUUUUCUCCGAGCGACAGCGCGGGCGACGGCAGAAACAGGCCAGGCGCGAUGCUGAGACGGUCGCGCGAGACAGGGCGCGCGGCGGAAGAGGCAGAAGAGAGGAGAGACCCUGCGGAAGCGGCGCCUUCCGCAGAGCUCUGCGCCUGCCAGGUCUGCGGGGCGACCGAGGCAGAGGCCUGCGUCGAGGAGAGAGACAUUCAGGCCUUCAACUCGUACUUUUACCUCUGGCCGCGCUCGCUAUUUGCCAGGCUUUACCCCCGGUGCCAAGUUCUGGCGAUCGACUACCAGGCUCCUCUGUUUCGGGAGCAGCCGCCGUUCUACCGCCAUCCGGCGAACCGCGGCGACUCCGCCGCUGCAGCGCCGGUGCGCAGCGACCUCGCGGACGAUUUAUCAAGUGUCGCCUUGCCCCUGCUUCCAGGCGAAGCGCCCGACACCGACCUGCAGACGGACGCCCCAAGAGACUCCUCCUCACCGCCUCCUCUCGCUCCUCUUCCCACUCCGUCUUCUCCUUCUUCUUCCGCGGCGCCUUCUUCUCCUUCUCUUUCUUCUUCGGCUUCUGUUGUUGCAGUUCGUCCGCUGAGCACGCGUCUGUUGGAGUGCGCAGGGCCCUCGGGUGUGACUCUGGAGCAGCUGGGGCGGAGUGCGCAGGAGCAGCUCCGCGCGGCGGGCGUCGGCGUGGAGGAGCGCCCGAUUGUCUUCGUGGCGCACUCGAUGGGAGGCCUGAUCGCCGAGUAUCUUCUUCUGCACGACCCUGACAUCCGCAGACACACGCGCGCGGUGCUCUUCUUCGCCGCGCCUCUCGAAGGCUCGCCGCUGGCUGAGGGCGAGGGUGCACGCGUGCUCAGGAGUCUCUUGCCGCAGUAUGUCCUCCAACUCUCGCCGGCGGACACCUCGCGGCAGACGCUCGCGGGCGCCUUCCGCGCCCUUCUCCAGUCUCCCCAAGGCCAGCGCAUUCGCGUCGCCGCGCUCGGCGAAAUGCAAGUCACGCCGCUGCCCUACAUCGGCGGGAGCACGUUGAUCGUGCCUCCGUGGUCAGCGAUGCCGGAGUGGCUGCCGGCCUCGCCGCGGGUUUUGGUGGACGUUGAUCACACGCAGGUGUGCAAACCUGCGACGCCGGGGGACGUGCGGUUUCGGGUGCUGGCGCAACUUCUCGACCAAACUGCGGCUGCCGCGCGCUCUGAGGCGAACGCCGCAGCGCCGAAGGAGCCGCGAGAGAGCGACGCCCGCGGCGGCGCGGAGAGCGAGAAGCGAUAG